AGCCGCCGGCCCCGCGGACGGCGAAAGCCGCGAGGCCGAGGCCGAGGCGGGCGGCGGCGAAGGCGGAGAGCAGGGCGGCGAGGAGCAGCCCCCGCGGGCCGCCGUCGAGGGUCCCGAGACCGCAGACGGGCAGCGGCGGGGCCCCCGCGCCAGGUUCACGCAGGUGCAGGUGCAGGACCUGGAGAGCGUUUUCCAGCACACUCAGUACCCCACCGCGCUCAUGCGGCUUGGUUUAAGAGGAAAAGGGCCAAGUGGAGGAGACAUCAGAGGGCACUAAUGUUCAGUAACGUGCCCCCCGUGCCCCCUGUUGUCGUCAGCUUCUGUGAGCCCUGCCCUGCCGUCUCGCGUCAGGAGCUGAAUUCGUCAUGCGAUCUUCUGGAGCCACUGCUGAUGGACCUGUCCCUGCUGCCCAGACCGCCCGUGCCACCCAGGCCACCUGUGCCACCCAUGCUGCCCGUGCCACCCGUGCUGCCCGAGGAU